AUGGCGGACGCAGACUUCAACCCCCAGUCCGUCGACCUCGACUCGGCUGAUCCCCGAGACAUCAUCUGCUACCUCAACGCCGGCGGCAACGAGUACAAUGGACGCCUCGGCGUGCGAGUUUCGGCGCUGUUUGUCAUCUUGAUCGUCUCGACGGCAGUGACCUUCUUCCCCGUCCUGGCCACCCGCGUUCGACGCCUGCGGAUCCCCCUCUAUGUCUACCUCUUUGCGCGCUACUUUGGCGCCGGCGUUAUCAUCGCCACAGCCUUCAUUCAUCUUCUUGAUCCGGCCUAUGAGGAGAUUGGGCCGGCGAGCUGCGUUGGCAUGACUGGCGGCUGGGCUGAAUACAGCUGGCCCCCUGCCCUGGCUCUGACUUCGGCCAUGCUCAUCUUCCUGCUCGACUUCUUGGCCGAGUACUACGUCGACAGAAAAUUCAAGCUGGCCCAUGUUGAAGUCGAAGACACCAUCACUGAUAGCCGUCAUGCUCACACCCACCAAGGACUGCACUCGGCUGACCAGGAUGGCGCUAUUCCUCCUCUCAAUGCAAAGGCCAACGAACAAGUAAGGGAUCAUGCUCCUAGCGACAAGCCUAGCGAUGACUUCGACGUGGAGGAACUCAAGGACCUUGAAGGCGAUUCCGAGAAAGUAGCCUUGGGCUUUCAGUCUCAAAUCGCGGCCUUCCUGAUUCUAGAGUUUGGCGUUCUCUUCCACAGUGUCAUCAUCGGCCUCAACCUCGGUGUUGCUGGCGAUGAGUUCAGCACUCUGUAUGCAGUCAUCGUCUUCCACCAGUCCUUUGAAGGCCUGGGUAUUGGCGCCCGUUUGAGUGUCAUUCCCUUCCCCAGGCGCUUUAAGUGGAUGCCUUGGGUUCUAUGCGCUGCCUAUGGAUUGACGACUCCUAUCGCCAUUGCCAUCGGCCUCGGUCUGCGGACUACAUACAACAGUGGCUCCUUUACCGCCAACGUCGUGUCUGGCGUUCUCGACUCGAUUUCUGCUGGUAUCCUCAUCUACACCGGCUUCGUCGAGAUGAUUGCGCGCGACUUCCUCUUCAACCCGUAUCGCACGCAGGACAAGAAGCGUCUGACAUUCAUGCUCGUUUCUAUGUACCUCGGCAUAGCAAUCAUGGCGCUGCUUGGAAAGUGGGCUUAA